UAGUAUCGACUCUCACUUCGAUGCUUCCAAAAUUUUUAAGCAAAACGGUCACACUGUUGCUCAGUUUUGGCGGGCUAAAACACAAGCGUCGUCAAUCACUAUUAUUUUUCUACCAAGUUGUUGUUGACACAAAGUCUUGCACCGACAAUCUUUAUUGUUAUUCGGUAAUAUCUACAUUAAAAUAUGUCUAGUCCCGCUCGUUCACCCAGUGUUGGAGCUGCAACACCAAAGCAGGGAACACGCACGCCUACACGAGGUAUUGCUACGCAGGAUGUGGAUACACCAAUGCGCAUGGGACCCGGACGAGUGCAGGCCAGGCCAUCGGACAACAUAAGUCUGCCGCCCACAUCGCCGGCCCAUGUUAACUUGCCAGCCACAAGCCCGGCACGCGGUCUUGGUGGCAUGUCAGAGAUUGAUUUGAGUUCGCCUCUGAACUAUGGCACCCCCAGCUCCAUGGGCUCUAUACGUACACCGCGCUCAGGCAUACGCGGUACACCAUUGCGAGCACGUCCCGAUAUACGGACGGAUAAACGCAUGCGUCAGGUGGCAAUUGGAGGAUCGGGUCUGGAAACCAUUGCCGAGAAGGGCUCGGAAAUUACUGACCCCGUUUCGGAGUCCUCUGCAGCACCGCAACUCGUUGUUUGGGGCACCAAUGUUGUGGUCAGCCAGUGCAAGUCCAAGUUCAAGUCGUUCAUUAUGCGUUUUAUUGAUCCAAGCGCUGAGCAGGAUGAGAUUUCUGAAAACAUUGAUGUGAAUCAGCCAUUGUAUCUGCAAAAGUUGGAGGAGAUUCAUACGCUUGAAGAACCAUAUUUAAAUCUUAACUGCGCGCAUCUAAAAACAUUUGAUCUAGAUUUAUACCGCCAGUUGAUAUGCUAUCCCCAAGAGGUAAUACCCGGAUUUGAUAUGGCCAUCAACGAGAUGUUCUUUGAACGCUAUCCGGCAGCCUUGCUAGAGCAUCAGAUACAGGUGCGUCCGUUCAAUGCAGACAAAACGCGCAACAUGCGCUCGUUGAAUCCUGAAGAUAUGGAUCAACUUAUAAGCAUUUCCGGCAUGGUUAUUCGUUCUUCAAAUGUAAUACCUGAAAUGCGUGAAGCCUUCUUCUCUUGCAACAUUUGCUCAUUUUGCACCACCGUUGAGGUGGACAGAGGUCGUAUCUCUCAGCCUACACUCUGCACCAACUGCAAUACAAACCAUUGCUUCCGGCUAAUACACAAUCGCAGCGAGUUCACGGAUAAGCAGCUCAUUAAGCUACAGGAGUCACCAGAUGAUAUGGCGGCUGGCCAGACACCACAUAAUGUUCUCUUGUAUGCACACAAUGAUCUUGUGGACAAAGUACAGCCUGGUGAUCGUAUUACUGUUACGGGCAUUUACCGUGCCACGCCGCUGAAAGGCAAGGGACUGAACGUUAAGAGUGUGUAUAAGACUCACAUUGAUGUGGUUCAUUUUCGCAAGGUGGACAACAAGCGUCUCUACGAAGAGGAGGAAGGCAAAGAUCACAUUUUCCCACCCGAGCGCAUUGAACUGCUGCAGCUUCUGUCCAAAAAGCCUGACAUCUACGAUCGCUUGGCGCGUGCUAUUGCGCCCUCCAUAUACGAGAACGAUGACAUUAAGAAAGGCAUACUUUUGCAGUUAUUUGGUGGAACCAAAAAGAAACACUCGACACUUGGUCGCCAGAACUUCAGAUCAGAGAUUCAUUUGCUGCUCUGUGGUGAUCCAGGUACCUCGAAAUCGCAAUUGUUGCAGUAUGUUUACAACCUAGUACCACGCUCUCAGUACACAUCAGGUCGUGGCUCGUCCGCUGUUGGCUUGACCGCCUAUGUUACCAAAGACCCGGAAACACGUCAACUAGUGCUGCAAACUGGCGCUCUUGUACUUGCGGACAAUGGCGUUUGUUGCAUUGAUGAGUUUGACAAAAUGAACGAUUCAACGCGCAGCGUGUUGCAUGAGGUAAUGGAGCAGCAGACCUUGAGCAUUGCCAAGGCAGGCAUAAUUUGUCAGCUAAAUGCGCGCACUUCCAUACUUGCCGCAGCGAAUCCUGCCGAGUCGCAGUGGAACAAGCGGAAAAAUAUCAUCGAUAAUGUUCAGCUGCCACAUACGUUGCUCUCGCGUUUCGAUUUAAUUUUCUUGGUGUUGGAUCCACAGGAUGAGCUUUUUGACAAACGUUUGGCCAGUCACUUGGUAUCUUUGUAUUAUGUUACACGUCACGAGGAGGAGGAUACUAUGUUUGACAUGAGCGUGCUGCGCGAUUAUAUUGCCUAUUCCCGGGAGCAUCUAUCGCCUACACUUUCAGAUGAGGCACAGCAGCGUUUAAUUCAAGCCUACGUAGACAUGCGUAAAGUGGGUGCAGGUCGUGGCCAAAUCUCCGCAUAUCCACGUCAGUUGGAGAGCUUGAUACGUCUGUCAGAAGCUCAUGCUAAGGUGCGUCUGAGCAGCACGGUUGAGUUGCAGGAUGUGGAGGAAGCCUGGCGUUUGCAUCGUGAGGCCUUGAAGCAAUCGGCCACUGAUCCGCUCUCUGGUAAAAUCGAUGUGGGUAUUUUGACCACUGGCUUGUCGACCGCAGCUCGUAAAAAACGCGCGGAUUUAGUAGCGGCUAUCAAAGAAAAUCUCAAGAAGAAGGGUAAAGUGCCCACAGUACCUUAUCAGAAGCUUUUCAAGGAAAUAAAGGAGGGCUCCCAAAUUAUGAUUACGCGCGAACAGUUUGAAGAUGCACUGAAGGAAGUACAGGAUGAGGGCGCUAUUGUCGUCAUGGGAAAAAAUACAAUUCGCAUCUGUUAGUUUAAAAAUCACAAAUAUCUAUCUAUUUUCAUUCCUACUAUUAAGUUUCUUAAUAAAGUU